CCCAAGGACGCUGAACCCUGCACGGCUGCAUCGCCCCACACAGCGGCUCAUCGACGAGGGCACGAGGCAGCGAUGGUGGGGCGAAAGCCGAUGCGCCGCCGCCGAGAUCGGCAGCCGCCGCCUCCGCCGCAGUCCUUCGGCGCGACGGCUCGCCCGACCUCCCCGCGCUCGUCCGCCUCCGCCGCCGCGGUCGCCGCCGACCUGGACGAGCUGCUGCUCACGGCGCCGCCGUCGUCGGCGUCGGAGCCCCGGAGCUUCCCGUACGCGGUGAAGCAGCAGUGCUGGGAGAAGGCGGAGCGGGUGCCCGGGCGCGACCCGGAGAGGUGGCGCCGCGACGCGCUCGGCAACAUCGUCUUCCGCAAGCUCGUCGGCUGCCCCGGCUGCCUCUGCCACGACUACGACCACAUCGUCCCCUACUCCAAGGGCGGGAAGAGCACAUUGGAGAAUUGCCAGGUUUUGCAGGCUACAGUGAAUCGAUCUAAAGGCAACAAGACUGAGAUAUCCAAAUCCGAGCUCAUACAGAAGAGUGCAUAUUGUAGGGUUUCAGGACGGGAUAUGGAUCUUGUUGAACUCUCCGCCUAUGGAAAUGUUCGGCGAGGGCCAGAUUCAGGGGGCUGUAAAAUACAAUGAAGUACAGAAGUAGAUAUAUCUGAGGAGUUCUGUUAAUUAGAUUGAAUUAGGUGCAUGAAUCUGAAUGGAGAAAUCUUGAUUAAUUGUUCUCUCAAACACGUCCAAUUAUGUCUGUACUAUGUAUCUUGAUGCUUCAAGUGAUUCAUCUGAGAACAGCAAUUGUGAUGUCUUUUGAAUCAAUGAUUUUCUGCA